UAUUCCGCAUUUUAAGCAAAAAUCUUGUCAGUUCCUUUUCUGCAAUAUUGGCCUGCUAUUUUCUAGGGUUUUCAAAACCAUGGAGGUGGCACGAAAAAUCGUUCUGAUAGUUGAUGCUGCUUGGCCUUUUAUAUGAAACUUUAUAAGGUGGAGAGCUUGGAAUGCAAUAUUGUUUAACUCCGUACUAUCGAAUAGAGAUCAUGGAAGAUGAUGCCUGCCAUAGAUUAGCUGAAUCUGAACAGAAGGAAAGCCGACAAAAUGCAUUGAAUUUCAAAUGUAGGAAGAUACGAUCUGGUUUAGAGAAGGCUAACAUUCGACCUGUCACUAGUGAUGAAUGCAUGGGAGAUAAUGAAAACAAGGAGUUCCUUGAGAACAUGGCAUGUCAAACACCAGAGAAACCAGUCCAGCCUUCUGCAAGGAGUAAGAAGAAAAGUAAUGGCAAUUCUGUGAAAUCGAUGCAAACUGAUGAAUCAAAUCAGGGUAACUAUGCUGAAAUUUCAGAAGACGGGACUUUCAAUGACCGGAACAAUGCUGUUGUACGUGAAUCAAGCACUGACAUCAGAAGAUCGCCUGACAAAGAACCACUCAUUCUUCCAGACAGAUAUGAGACAUUAAGGAGCUUCUUUAAUAGUGUGGUGACUUCUGUAACAUUGCUUGGUCUUCGUAAAAUUUUAUCUACAUUUCAGAACAUCAGCAUUCAGGUGGGGAUAUUGGCAAAAAGGAAGUUUUCAUAUGCCAACCUUGCCCAGCUGAAGUAUAUAUUACCAGAAGCUAUUCAAAUAGAAAAGGUCAUUGUGCAUGAUGGGAAGAGUCUCUGCAUGGAGCCAGAAUUGAGGGUUAGUCUGGUGCCAGAUGCAUUAGAGAGUGAGGAAGAGAAAUCCACCACAUUACCCAAGGGGAGCAGUAUUUGGUCUUUACAAGAAGUUUUUCAUGCAAGACUCCUGGAUUUCUUUAAAGCACAUCCGGAGGUUGAGGAAAUUCCCAAGGCAAAACUGCCUAAGCCAUUCAAUAGUGAAACUGAACAAUUCUCUCUUCCCAACCUAUUCUCUUUGCAAUCAUCUCAAUUGUAUCAUGAAUCCACCACUGAUGACUAUUUGGCUGUAUCUUCGCAUUUACCGCCUUCUUUCCAGCCAAUAUUUGCCCAUAAAAAAAUCCUCCCCAAAUCAGAAAAAACUCAACUUAUACCAUCUCAAGACCCCAUUUCCCAAGGAAGUUCUAUUUUUGAGUUUACCCAAGCUAACAAUUUAUCUUCAAAUGAGAACUCUUCUGAUUCAGCCAUGCUUGACUCUCAUGCUCCUCUAAAUGCCUACUCAGUUCUCAAUUCUUCCUUUUGUGGAAGUACCCCUUUAAAACCCAUCUCAUAUAGUCAUAUUAGCAAUAUACAUUCAAAGGAGAACCCUUCUGAUCUGGCCAUGCUUGACCCUGUUGCUCCUCAAAAUGGCCACUCAAUUCCCAAUGCUCCUUUCUGUGCAAGCACCCCAUUGAAAGCCAUUUCGUAUAGCCAUGUUGACAACUUAACUGCAGAGGACUCUUCCGAUUCAACCAAGCUUCACCCUCUUGCUCCUCAAAAUGCUCACUCAGUUCCAAGUUCGACUUUCUGUGCAAGUACCCCAUCGAAACUCAUCCCAGAUUCAGUUAACUUCAUGUCUGAGACACCAUCUUUGAGUACACCUAAGAGACCUUUGCCCACUCCAAACGACAAUUUAAUCACUACAGUCGUGGAGGCAUCAGGUCGUUUGCCUCCAAAGUCAUGGAACCUUUUAUUCUCUCCAAAAAACCCAGAUGGAAGUGCUUCAAAUUCAGCUUCUAGUUUUGCAAAAGAAAACAAAGACAGGAAGCAUGAAGCUGGAGAAAUAGAAAGUGCUUUGGUGGAUGGAGAAACCAUUGAAAGUCCUACUGCCACUGUGCUGCAACUGGCCAGUUUAAUACUGAUAACCAUAUGUAAUAUGAUUAGUUGGACUGCAUCUGGUUUUGAUUUGAAGGAGGCAGAGAGAGAAAAUGCACCGGCUGAAUAUUGUGAAAUGACGAUAGCUGGUUUGGAGCAACAUCAUCAGAUGCUGGCUUUUUUGCCCAGCCUCUUCAACACAAUCUGCCUUAUAUUUCAGGAAGCCAAGAGAUCCUCUAUAACAAAACAGGAGCUUCUUUACAAGAUACUGACACAUGAUUCCAACAUUACAGAGACAAGAGAUGUUGUUGAAGAACAACUGACACUCUUGGGAGAUUUGGUUCCAGAGUGGAUAUGCGGAAAGAUAACAUGCAGUGGAGAUUUUAUAUACUGUAUUAAUAAAAUCUCAGAUGCCGAGUCCAUUCAUGCAAGGCUUCAAGAAGCUGUGCAACCUGAUCACAAUAAGGUGGUGUAACCUGCCUCUUCUGCACUCACUGAUUAAAAAAGAAAAGGAUUUCCUCUUCCAGAUUUGAAUGACAAGUCAAGAUCUUGCAUGUUUUGUUGUUGAAGACUUGUCAGGUUCUCCAUUUUUGUUGAUAGUGUAGUGAUUUCAUUAAGUCACUGAUGAUCAUGGUACACUCUACAGGACAAUGACAGUUAAUUUGUGAAAAGAACUGGUAACUCAGUCAAUUGCUCUAUAUUUCAAAAUUAGAGUUUUGACGUGUGUUGUGUUGGUUUACGUGGAGAGAGAAAUAUAAGCUAACAAAGACACCAUGGUGAGAAAUGUCAAGCUCAUAAUCGCAAAAUCAGCUUUUCUGAGACAAGAUAU